AUUUAUUGUAUUGCGUAUAAUCGUCUAAUUAGGCGAGGAACAUUUUUGCGUUUGUCUCGUCAGUCCGCAGGCGGAGAUUUGUCGAGAGCUUGCAUGAAUGUCGAUUUUGGUUUUUCCCAGUGGUAGGUACAUUGCUUCCUUGUUUGGUUGAUCUGGGCGGAAAUUAGGGCUAGAAAACUAAGUAGGAAACGAAUACAGAAAAUGGGGAAUUUGAAGCAAGCACUGAAAAGUCUCGAUGCGUUUCCUCGCGCAGAAGAGCAUUUGCUGCGGAAGACAAAAUCGGGGGCUCUCGUUUCUAUUAUUGGACUGGCAAUCAUGGCAACUUUGUUUGUGCAUGAGUUGACAUAUUAUCUCACAACAUAUACUGUGCACCAGAUGUCAGUUGAUUUAACACGUGGAGAAACACUUCCGAUCCAUAUAAACAUGACAUUUCCUUCUUUACCGUGUGAUGUUCUAAGUGUAGAUGCAAUUGAUAUGUCAGGCAAGCAUGAAGUUGAUCUUGACACAAACAUAUGGAAGCUUUGUUUAAGUAGUGACGGCCACAUCAUUGGUACUGAGUAUUUGUCUGACCUUGUGGAGAAGGAACACACGGCUCAUAGUCAUGAUGACCAGAAAGACCAUCAGGAGGACUCUGACCAUAAAAUUAAACUCCACAAUCUUGAUCAAGAAGCUGAAGAUAUGAUAAAAAAGGUGAAGCAUGCAUUAGCUACUGGUGAAGGUUGCCGGGUGUAUGGUGUUUUAGAUGUGCAGAGAGUUGCUGGAAACUUCCACAUCUCAGUUCAUGGAUUAAACAUUUUUGUGGCACAGAUGAUGUUUGAGACUUCUUCUCGUGUUAAUGUGAGUCAUGUCAUUCAUGAUUUAUCAUUUGGACCUAAAUAUCCUGGGCAACAUAACCCACUAGAUGAUACGGUCCGGAUUUUACAUGAAGCAAGUGGAACAUUCAAGUACUACAUAAAGAUCGUUCCAACGCAAUACAAGUAUAUCUCAAAGAAUGUUUUACCUACAAAUCAGUUUUCUGUCAAUGAGUACUUUUCUCCAAUUAAUGAGUUUGAUAGGGCAUGGCCAGCUGUGUACUUUUUAUAUGAUUUAUCACCAAUUACUGUGACCAUUAGGGAAGAACGCCGCAGCUUUCUCCACUUUAUGACCCGCCUUUGUGCAGUAUUGGGUGGUACAUUUGCUGUUACAGGAAUGCUUGAUAGAUGGAUGCACAGGCUCAUUGAAGCGCUAACAAAACCAAACACCAGAAGCAUUGUUCGGUGAUUCCGGGCGCAAAUGUGCUGUACUCAUAACAAGGAAUUCGACAGUGCAGAAAUGAUACGAUUCUCGAGAAAUGAGCAAAAACUCACAGGGGACUUCACUAGCUGUUAGAUGAAAUGGCAUCCUCAGUUGUUAAGAUUCUUGCAUCAUGGUAAGUUUCAUAUUUUGGAAUCUUACCCUCCACAAUUUAAUGUUGACUGCAGAUAUGUUUUAUGAGAAUAUAUAUUGAUGAAGAAAUGGAUUUGGUAUUUGUUGAUAUUA